AUCGUUGACGGACCAGUUAAUUCGUCGGCGAUCUAGAACCAUCCUCUCGCCUCCGAUUUUAGCCUCCGCCACCACCUGUCGGCCACCGUUUCGCUCCUCUCUCUCUCCUUUCCGAUUCAGGAUCCCUUUCUUUUGCCCUAAAGAUCUGGAGAGAGAGAAAAGCACAUACUCAGAAGGAUCGGUAAUGGCGAAGGGCGUGAGUUCGGCGGCCGUGCAAGCAGAACAACUUAAAAUAGAUGGAAACAUGUAUUUCAAGAAGAAUCGGUUUGGUGCUGCAAUAGAUGCUUAUACGGAGGCGAUCACUUUGUGCCCUGAUGUUCCAAUUUAUUGGACGAAUCGUGCUUUAUGCCAUCGCAAGCGCAAUGAUUGGACAAGAGUUGAGGAGGACUGUCUAAAGGCUGUUCAGCUUGAUCAUAAAUCUGUCAAGGGUCAUUACAUGCUAGGGCUUGCACUACUACAGAGGCAAAAUUUUACUGACGGAAUAAAAGCGUUGGAAAAGGCUUUAGAUCUUGGGAGAGGUGCACACCCUAAUAGUUAUAUGGUGGAGGAGAUAUGGCAGGAGCUCGCAAGAGCAAAGUAUCAGGAGUGGGAGCGUGAUUCCACCAAGCGAUUGUCGGAUUUGCAGAAACUUGAAGAAUCUUGUGAGAUAGCUCUUAAAGAGAAACAUUUGCAUGACGUUAGUCAAAACGAAGGCAGUACUGAUGAAGUUCCCGAUUCUACUUCAGAACAAUUAGCUGCUCUAAAAUUAGUGUUCAAAAAAGCUGCAGAAACCGACACACCAAGGGAGGUACCGGACCAUCUUUGCUGCAAAAUCACGCUCGAUAUAUUUCGUGAUCCGGUUAUUACACCAAGUGGUUUAACCUAUGAACGGUCUGUCAUCCUCGAUCAUCUCGAAAAGGUGGGGGCGUUUGAUCCGGUGACUCGGGAAAGUCUUUACCCGUGGCAGUUGGUCCCGAAUUUGGCAAUAAAAGAAGCAGUAGAAGCAUAUUUGGAAAAGCAUGGUUGGGCAUAUAAGAUGGAUUGAAAUAUAUAUGUAUAUAUAUAUAUAUACAAGGAGUGAAGUAAAUAGAGGGGGGAUUCGGUAGAGAUAGCUGUUUCAUUCUGUACAGUUUCUUCAUGAAUCCUAAACCUAGGUCAAAUGCUAAAUUGAAACACAAUUGGUUUUUGUGUGCAAAACCUUGCAUCUAAGAUAGAAACUGUGAAAUG